AUGGGCCACAGUGGAGCCAAGCCCCAGGCCCAUAAGAACCAGCCCAAUACAGCAGAAAGCAGCAAGAGCAUCCGAGUUGCUCAGGCAGGGGUGGAGGUGAGACUGCAACAGCAGUUCCCGCCUGGUCACAUGGGGACUUGCCGGCAACCCAGUGCUGCCGAGAGGAAACCAAGCAGAGAGCUGAGGAGCCAGGAGGUGACAGCAAGGCGGCGGGAAGCCAAGAUGGAGGUGGAGAAGCCGCCCCCCACAGCCGAGUCUCCAUCCCUGCUAAAGUCCUACAAAUGGCGAAUGGGCCCCCAAGGUGGGGAGAAGGAGCUGGAGAGGGCCCCCCCGACCCCUGGCCCCAGCCGCUGGAGCAAGCUGCACACUUGGAAGCGUGCAUACAGCCACCCGGAGACAGACACCCCUGAGGAGAGCACAGCCAGGAGUGGCCAGAGCCCUGGGCCCCCAGGCCCCACAGGCAGUAGCAGGGCUGCAGCCCGACGGUCCAUGUUCCAGAGGGCCUUCUCCGCCCCAGCUAAGGCACCCAAGGAGCCCCGGGGCCAGGAGGGUGGGAAGCUGAACCUGCGGAAAUACCUGCGCUCCAUGUCCCACCGCAGGAGCCCAGAGAAUGGGGCCAAGGCAGAGCGGACACCCCUGGAAGUGGCCAGAGAAGCCCCCCGCCCUGUGCAGCGGAUCCCGCUGACACCAUCCCCUGAGGUGCCUGUGUGGGACGUCUCUAACUUCUCGCUGAUGGAUGGGCAGCUUGUGCUGGCGGCCAGGGAUGAGGAGGUCUUGUUCAGGAGCCGGAGCAGAACGGGCAGCUCCAUCUCUGAUACACAUGUGCAGCACCCCCUGGGAGGCCGGCGGGAACCUGAUCUCUCCUCAGAGGGGAGAGGCUCACCUGGCCCUCGGGCCCCGGGCAGAGGCACUGAGAGCGACACAUCCACCAACUCCCAGUUUGGGAACGUCAAGGGGCUGCUGUGGAAGCGACUCAAGGAGCGGAAGGGUCGGGUGGUGGCCAAGGCGGAUGCCCCAAUGAUGCCACCUGCAGACAGUGACAGGCUGCCGAGCCGGCAUGGCUCCCAUGAGUCCCUGUUGCCCCCGCCCACCGCGGCCGAGCUGGACCUGAGUGGCGAGGACGUGGUUAUUCGCCCAUUACACGGCAGCCUCCUGGGCGAGAAGUUCUGCUUCCAGAUCAUCAAUGCCGAGGGCAGCCGCUGCUUCGGGUGCACAUCUGUGGCCGAGCGGGACCGAUGGAUAGAGAACCUGCGCCGGACCGUGCAGCCCAACAAGGACAACUGUGAGCGGAUGGAGAACACGCUGAGCCUGUGGGUGUACGAGGCCCGGGACCUGCCCCCCAAGCGACGCUACCUGUGCCAGCUGCACCUGGAUGGGACCCUCCCACGGGAGCCCUGGUACUCACUGGCUGGGCCAGCCAAGGAGCGGGGGCCAACACCAGGGCUGCGGCUGCGUGGGCGCUACCAGGAGAUCCAGGUGCUGCCCAUCGUUCGCUACAAGGAAUUUGCUGAGUACAUCACCUUCCAUUACCGAGAGCUGUGCGCCCGCCUGGAGCCCGCCAUUCCUGUGCGCCAUAAGGAAGAGCUAGCCAGUGCCCUUGUGCACGUCCUGCAAAGCACCGGCAAGGCCAAGGAGUUCCUGAUCGACCUGGGUGUGGCAGAGCUGGACCGCUUCGAUGACCGGGAGGCACUGAUCUUCCGUGAGAACACGCUGGCCACCAAGGCCAUUGACGAGUACAUGAAGCUGGUGGGGGCACGGUACCUGCUGGACAUGCUGGGUGAGGCUGUGGCCCAGCUGUACCAGUCAGAGGACUGCUGCGAGGUGGACCCCAGCAAAUGUGCGCCCCAGGACCUGUCUGACAACCAGAACAACCUGCGCCAGGCCUGCGAGGAGGUCUUCCAAAGGAUCACCGCCUCCUGCGACGCCUUCCCAGCAGAACUCAACGAGAUCUUUGCAGCCUGGCAGGAGGAGUGCCAGGAGCGAGCCAAGGAUGGCAUUGGGCAGCGGCUUAUCUCAGCUUCGCUCUUCCUGCGCUUCCUGUGCCCUGCCAUCAUGUCGCCCAGCCUCUUUGGCCUUAUCCAGGAGUACCCAAGUGACACCACUGCCCGCACCCUCACCUUGGUGGCCAAGGUCAUCCAGAACCUGGCCAACUUCACCACGUUUGGGGAGAAGGAGGCCUACAUGGGCUUCAUGAAUGAGUUCCUGGAGCAGAGCUGGAGCAGCAUGACAUCCUUCCUGCAGAGCGUGGCCAACCCCGACAGCAGCGCCCACCUGGACACAUAUGAUGGCUACGUGGACCUGGCACUGGAGCUUGCCACCCUCCACCUGCUGCUCUGCGACAUAUUCUCCAGCCUGGACCAGCGGACACAAAAGCAGCUGGAGCCACUGCCCACCAUCCUUGAUGCCAUCCAGAAGGGCACACCUGUGCCUGUCUCCAUCCACCUUAAUCCCAGCAGACCAGCAGCUGAAAAGCCGGGGUUUGUGCCACCACGGGAGCUGAGCAAGCACAGCCCCCUGAUCAAGAGCCCGUCACUGAGUAGCAUCCAGAAGGGGAGGGGCCAGGAGGAAGAGGCAACAGUGCUCUUGCGGCCACCCCGUGACCGCCGCCACGUGCAGCGCACCCAGAGUGUGCCAGCCCAGUCCAAGGCAACACGGCGCCCACACAAGCAGAGCAGUCUGGAGCAUGUAGCUGAGUCCGUGAAGGAGGAGAGCCGCAAGGGCAGCCCAUGCCACGGCCCCCAGGACAACCGGAGCCACUCAGGCCGAUCGAAGUUGCGCCAGUCGGCCUCCCUGCCCCGCAAGUCCACAGUGCCCUGGCAACGCUACUCUGGGGAGGCGGCCAAGGCGCAGACUGAGUUGUACACCAUGCGGCCACUGGAGAAGCAUGGGAAGCAGAUUGAGGAGCUGCAGAAGGAGCUCGCAGAGGCCCGGGAGACACUGGGGCGGUUCGAGAGCCAGAUGGCCGUGCUGGCCGCCCAGAAUGAGGUGCUGAGGGAGGAGCAGGCCGAACUGAGGAUGCAGGAGGAGCAGCUCCGCAACCAGCUGGAAGAGGCAGCCGCCCACCUGGCCAGUCUCAGCGCCAGGGUGACAUCAGCAGAAGGCUCCCGCAAGAAGGACCUGGAGAAGCUGAAGGCGAGUGAGGAGAAGACAAAGGGCCUGGAGAGGCGCCUGUCAGCAAUGGAACGAAAGCAAGCUGAGCUGUGCAGUGCCCUCCUGGGGCAUGCACUCAAGCAGCCCCAUGUCCUGCUUCAGCCGGGGCCCUGUGGUGAGACCCAGAAUGGUGAUGAGGCUCAUGUGACCAGCGUCUAGAGGCCUGGGCCCAAAGCCACCCAUGGGCUAGGCCUACCAGCACUACGACCUGCCCUAAGGCCCUACAUGGCCUCCACCCCUGGCCUGAUGCCAGCUUCAGCCUAGAUCUGCCUGGCUGCUCUGGGGAUAGGAACACCGUGAGCUGCGAGCUGCUGGCUGAUCCCCUGUGCUUGCUCCUGGCUCCCCCAGGCUGGACCCAUUUAUCUGAGCCACAAAGGUCAUGGCCCCCAACCUCUGCCUGCUGGUUCCCCCUUCUCAUCGUUCCUACCCCCCAAUGCCCUGAUCCUAUGAUGCCAGUGCCACCAGCAGCGUGACAUGGCACAGCUGUGCCCCUCCCCCCCAAGCCUGCAGCAGCCCCUCAGGCCACUGGACCCGGCCUCAUCACCCAGUACUGAGCAGCUGAACUGCCCAGCCUGGCCUGGCUUGGUCUGGGCCUGUGCAUGUGUUCCUGGGAGACUCUGGGGUUCUGGAAUCGCAUCCCCUGUUCCAGGUGGGGCUGCCUCAGCGCACAGCCCCAGUGGCACCACGUCCAAGCCUGGAGGGUACCCUGUGACCCGGCAGUAAAUGUUGCUGGUGGCUUUGUACUGAAUGUGUAAGUCGGUUCCUGGCACACCCAUCAUGAG